CGUUGUUCACUUGUAGGGGGCCAGGGUGCUCGCUCAUGCCUCUACCCCGCACUGCACCUUUUGAAUCUGGUCAGUACUUUCGAGCUGCCUUGGAUGUAUUUCGGAGUUACUGCCAUGGCCUCCGCCCAGGCACCGAAUUUUGUUUGUGUGAACUGUAAGCUCCGCAAGAAGAAGUGUGACAAAGAGCGGCCGCGAUGUGGAUAUUGCACUGGGAAGAACUUGAACUGUCAAUACCCAUCUGUGGAUACCAAGUACCUAGCAGUCAGGCCCCUCUUGGCGGUUCCUAACCCGAUAAUCCGCUCAUCCAUGCUUCUGUCGGACACUCUGUCGGAUGUUCUGCAGUCUGACCCGACAAACAUCAACUCCACAUUGUAUCUGCAGAUCAUUCGGAUCAUUCGGUUGGCCGAUCGAUCUGUGGACGACAUCAGCAUGCGCUACUUUCGGGGAAUUCAUACUUUCAUCCCUGUAAUCUCGCCCUGCCGUUUCCAUGAAGAGCUGCUCCACUCGAGCGCAUUUCCUUCCGCAAGAUUCUCGCUAUUGCUGUUGUCCAUGUGCCUCAUUACAUAUCAUCCUGGGCUAGUAGCCCGAAAUUCAUCUCCCGUUGACCAAGCCACUCUCUAUUUAACUACAAAAACUCUUUACGCCCAGAUCCAGAGUUAUUUCCCACAUUCAUUACAUCUCAUACAAGCAGGCAUAAUUAUCGCCAGCUAUGAAUAUGCGACUAAGAAAGUCAACGAUGCUUUUGCUUCUAUAGGGGUCUGUGCAAGGAUGGGCUAUGCUGCUCGUUUGCACCUUGCCAGCCCCGUAGAAGGGUCGGACCCAAUACAGUAUUCGCAGGCUGAAGAAGAACUUCGCACGUGGUGGGGCAUUGUUAUUGCUGAAAGGACCAUCUACUGCGAAGUGGACACCAUUCACCAGCCUCUCAUGUCCAGAUGUCCAAAUACAGACGCUCAACUACCCAAAACUAGGUUGCAAAAAUGGAACCCAGAUUGUUCCCCAGAAGUUCUCACCCUAGAUGGCAAGUCCCCAGGUUCAUCACUUGUUGACUGUGGUGGAUACACAAGUGUGACCCAAGCUGCGCGUCUUCUAGACGAAGUCUUCAAAAGCUUAGAGCAAGACAUCGAUGGCCAAUUAGUCCAGCUCGAUAGACUUGACCAUGCUCUUCAGACAUCUCUAGCCCUUACGAUGGAACAAUCUCAAGGGCGAUGGGGACUGUUCUGCACAGCGAACGCCAUCCUCAUCAGGGCUCUCUAUAUAUUACAUCGACACGUCAUAGAGCACAUAGCGGGAAUGACUCCUUCCCAAGAAAAGACCCCAGACCAAUGGCGCAAGAACUCUUAUAUCGCACUCGAGACAGUCACCCAAAUGAUGCGGGAUAUCGCAGCUACUCAAAAUGAUAUGUCCCUUGAAGAGAUGGAUGCGCUACCACCUAGUCGUGCCUUCGUUAUUAUGGCAGCGCUGCGGUAUCUCGAUGACACCGAGGUUAAGUGCAAUCGAUGGGAUGCUGCUCGAAGACAACUUAAAGCAUCGCUGAGAAUGUUUGAUGAACGGUGGAAUGUGAGGAGCUGAGCAUAAUACAUAUGGAAACAUAGACAUUCAGGCAAAGGGAAGUGUAUGUAGAUCGAGC